AUUAUUAUUAUUAUUCUUCCAAUUCGCAAGCCUCUCGCUAUUUCAUACAAAGAUCAAACGAAAACCCAUAAAGCAAUUCACUUUCUUCCUUUCUUCUUGUUCUUCGAUUCCUAAUCCCUUUCUCGUUGCCCUAGAUUCUCUCUCUCACUCUACCGCUUUUCAAUUUUCAACCCCUUUCUAUCGAUCGCACCUCAAUCCUAGGGUUUCCGCCAUGGAUUCCGAGGAUGAUAUGCACGACGCCAACGAUGUCGAGUCCCUCGACGACGAUUUCUACAGUGGCGAAACCGACGAUAAUGCUCCCAUGGAUUACUACAGCGACUACGACGACGACGCCGAUGAUUACUUCGACGACGCCGACGAUUCCGACCGGAUUCAGUCUCGCCGCCCCGAGCAAAAUUUUACUAUAUUGAGGGAAUUGGAUAUCCGGCAAAGGCAGGAAGAUGACAUCACGAGAGUAGCGGCAGUUCUUUCGAUACCAAGAGUUUCUGCAAGCAUCCUGCUUCGUCAUUAUAAUUGGAGUGUUAGUAAAGUGCAUGAUGCCUGGUUUGCUGAUGAACAACAAGUUCGGAAAGCAGUUGGUUUGUUGGAGAAGCCAGUUUUCGAGAAUCAUAAGGCUAGAGAGGUUACAUGCGGCAUCUGUUUUGAAAACUAUCCUCGUGCUAGGAUUGAAACUGCUGCUUGUGGUCAUCCCUACUGCUUUCAAUGCUGGGCUGGAUAUAUUGGCACUUCAAUUAAUGAUGGUCCGGGAUGUUUGAUGUUGAGAUGUCCUGAUCCCGCUUGUGGUGCUGCCAUUGGUCAAGAUAUGAUUAAUCUUUUAGCAUCUAAUGAAGAUAAAGAGAAGUAUGACCGUUACCUUCUUAGGUCUUACAUUGAAGACAAUAAGAAGACCAAGUGGUGUCCUGCUCCAGGUUGUGAAUAUGCAGUUACUUUUGAUGCUGGUAAUGGAAAUUUUGAUGUAUCUUGCCUUUGUGCAUAUAGCUUCUGCUGGAAUUGUACUGAAGAGGCUCACCGCCCAGUGGAUUGUUGUACUGUGUCAAAAUGGAUAAUGAAAAACAGUGCCGAAUCUGAAAACAUGAACUGGAUACUUGCUAACUCAAAGCCAUGUCCUAAGUGCAAGAGACCAAUUGAAAAAAACCAAGGGUGCAUGCAUAUGACAUGCACUCCACCUUGCAAAUUUGAAUUUUGCUGGCUAUGCCUUGGUGCAUGGUCAGACCAUGGUGAAAGGACAGGUGGUUUCUAUGCUUGCAACCGUUAUGAAACUGCUAAACAAGAAGGGGUGUAUGAUGAAACUGAAAGAAGAAGAGAAAUGGCAAAGAAUUCAUUGGAGAGGUACACACAUUAUUAUGAGCGGUGGGCCAGCAACCAAUCUUCAAGGCAAAAGGCUCUUGCAGAUCUACACCAGAUGCAAACUAUUCAUCUUGAGAAACUCAGUGACACCCAGUGCCAGCCUGAGUCACAGCUUAAGUUCAUAACUGAGGCCUGGUUACAGAUAGUUGAAUGCAGGCGAGUCCUGAAGUGGACAUAUGCAUAUGGAUACUAUUUACUCGAGCAAGAACAUGCUAAAAAACAAUUCUUUGAAUACUUACAAGGUGAGGCAGAAUCUGGUUUAGAGAGACUUCAUCAAUGUGCUGAAAAGGAACUACAGCUAUUCCUUAACGCUGAUGGCCCAUCUAAAGACUUCAAUGACUUCCGCACUAAACUAGCUGGAUUGACCAGUGUGACUAGAAACUACUUUGAGAAUUUGGUUAGGGCAUUAGAGAAUGGUUUAGCUGAUGUGGAUAGUAACGGAGCUGCUUCCAGCAAAGCAACGAGCUCAAAAAAUGCUGCAGGGAGCAGUAAAGGGAGAGGUGGUAGAGGAAAGGGAACUAACCGAUCUAGCAUGUCCAACAGAAUGACUGAUGACAAUCAUUGGUCUUGCGAAGCUUGUACCUACGCAAAUCUCAAGUCUGCCACCACAUGCCAGAUGUGCAAUCAACCGCGUCGAUGAAAAAAAAUCCGCUCCUCUAUUAGAAACAGUCUUCUGCCCAAGGCGAAUACAGCAAAAACUGAAUGGAGUUAUUAGUCUUUUAGUGAUAUGCUGGCUCCUUUUUGUUAAGGCUAUAGAACUUGAACAGGAUGAAGGCGUAAGUCAAGCAAGAAAGGUUAUCUUUGCACUUCAAUUGAAUACAUCUGAAUUCAAUGUAUAUAGUGUCUUAUCUUUAAAUUUAUGGAUGGGGUUUAUGCAACAGGCUUCUGUAACUGAAUAUUAUGGUGGAGAUGAACACAAAUGUACUCGUUUGUGUCCUGAUUUCUUCUAGUAAAACUGUGUCAGUUGUGUAUAAGCAUGGGGUUGGUUGCUUUUUUAAGAGUCCGCUAAUAAUGAAUUGUUUGAUAGAAAUACCAUACUGUUACCACAAAUUUAUUUAUAUUACCUGUAAACUUUCUGACUGGAUUAA